UCCCCCCAAUGUUUGUAAAGAAUCUAAUUGUCCCCCACAAUCAUAGAUGAUCCAUCUCCCAUGUAAAGCUUUCAGUAAAUGCUGCAACAGCAAUAAAAGAUGACUUCAAAAUUAUGCAGAAAGGACUGUAACGCCUGUAAACAAACGUGAAUUAUUGACUCCCCUCUUCACACAGUAGCAGUGGUUUACCCCCAUGGCUACGAGAAGUUGGAGCUUAGGAAAGCACACAUGGGAUAUGUAGUCAACAGUUAGAGGUGAAUGCUCAAGCCGAUCAUACUAUGGACGUCACUUCCCAUAACCCUUAUAGAAAUAAAAAUGGUAAGAAGAAAUUUCAGGAUAGCGCUUCUGAAUUUGCUUGUGUCGAAAGUUCUGCGACGGAAACAGCGAUAGAUUUACCCACUAUCAUCUAUUCAAAAUGUAAACAAGCCAGGAAGUUUUCACGGUUGGGAAGACAUUUAUGACAACGUCAGCUAAGGAGCUGCAGUUCUGCAGACCUUUGAGCAGCAGUAUGAUGCAGGCAGGAGUCUGUCUGAGACAGGACACUGAGACUACACUACCAGAGCUCACAGAGCAGCACAGGAUCAGACAGAAAGAAGAGGAACUCAGUGGACUGGAGUCUGUCCACAUGGUGGAGACGGAGACAGAGUGUGCUGGACCAGGACUCAACACACUGGAGCCAGAUUGUAUUACAGCGCACUGUGGGGUCAGUGAUGUACACCACACAGACGCAUCACUGAUUAAAAUAGAAACUGAUCUGGGCUCCACCCACACUGGAGAUCUUAAGACAGAAAGGCUCGACAGUACAGAGCUGGGAUAUGUAAUCAAUUUGCAUGCUGACCAAAUAAAAACAGAGACUGAUGAUGAAGGAUACCAUAAUGCAGAACACAUUAGUGGCUUGCUGGAUGUUAAUUAUAUUAAUAUUGAAUCGGAUCAAAUCAAGUGUGAGUCUGCUGAAAGUUUAGUGAGUGGUCUCAUGAAUGCUGUGAUGACUGGAGCUGGUGUUGAUCAUAGCGACCAGACUGAACCAUGGCAGUAUGCAAGACAGCCAAACACAGACUGUAAAAAAGAAGAAAUUCAUGAUCACUCAACCCAAUGUGGGGACUUAAAUCAUCACUGUCAUAUAAACAAUGAGAGUAGUCAGACCAGAAUUGUCCAGAAAAGUGUUGGCAGUAGCAAAAACCAUAUUUGCCACAGAACGAAUGUGAAAACUGAGCCCAUGAUCAUUAAUUCAAGUAAAAACCCAAGCCUUUUGAAUUUCUUUCAAAAUGAAACAUUUCAUAGUAACAAUAGUGAAAUUAAUACCAGUGAAAAGCCAUACAAAUGCACACAGUGUGAGAAGUGUUUUAACACCAAAUCUGGUUUAAAUAGCCAUCACCAAGUCCAUACAGGUAAAAAGCCCUACAAAUGUUCUCAGUGUGGGAAGUGCUUUUCCAGAAAAUUUAAUUUAAAUACCCACCAGAGAAUUCAUACUGGGGAAAAGCCCUACAAAUGUUCUCAGUGUGGAAAUUGCUUUUCCACAUCAUCUCAAUUAAAUAGUCACCAUCGUUUUCAUACUCGUGAAAAGCCCUACAAAUGUUCUCAGUGUGGAAAUUGCUUUUCCACAUCAUCUCAAUUAAAUACCCACCAUCAUUUUCAUACUCGUGAAAAGCCCUACAAAUGUAGUGUGUGUGGAAAGUGCUUUUCUACAACAUCUGUGUUAAAUAGGCAUCAUAAAAUCCAUACAGGUGAAAGGCCCUACAAAUGUACUCUGUGUGGGAAGUGUUUUUCUACUAAAUCUAUGUUAAAUAGCCAUCAUAAAAUUCAUUCGGGUGAAAAGCCGUACAAAUGUACUGAGUGUGGGAAGUGUUUUUCCCGAGUGAGUAUUUUAAAUGACCACAAGAUUGUUCAUACAGGUGAAAAGCCAUACAUAUGUACUCAGUGUGGAAAUUGUUUUUCACAGGAAAGUGCUUUAAAUCGCCACAAGAUGAUUCAUACAGGUGAAAAGCCAUACACAUGUACUCUCUGUGGGAAGUGUUUUUCACAGAAAAGUGCUUUAAAUCGCCACGAGAUGAUUCAUACAGGUGAAAAGCCCUACAAAUGUACUGAGUGUGGGAAGUGUUUUUCCCACAUAGGUGCAUUAAAUCGCCACAAGAUGAUUCAUGCAGGUAAAAAGCCUUACAAAUGUCAUCUUUGUGGGAAGUGCUUUUCUACAUCAUCUAUUUUAAAUAGCCACCAGAAAAUUCAUUCAGGUGAAAAACCGUACAAAUGUACUGAGUGUGGGAAGUGUUUUUCCCGAGUCAGUAUUUUAAAUGACCACAAGAUUGUUCAUACAGGUGAAAAGCCAUACACAUGUACUGUGUGUGGAAAGCGUUUUUCACAGAAAAGUGCUUUAAAUCGCCACAAGAUGAUUCAUACAGGUGAAAAGCCAUACACAUGUACUCCGUGUGGAAAGUGUUUUUCACAGAAAAGUGCUUUAAAUCGCCACAAGAUGAUUCAUACAGGUGAAAAUCCGUACAGAUGUACUGAGUGUGGGAAGUGUUUUUACCAAAUGGGUGCAUUAAAUCGCCACAAGAAAAUUCAUUCAGGUAAAAAGCCCUACAAAUGUCCUCUGUGUGGGAAGUGCUUUUCUACAACAUCUAUUUUAAAUCGCCACAAGAAAAUUCAUUCAGGUAAAAAGCCAUACAAAUGUACUGAGUGUGGGAAUUGUUUUUCCCGGAAAAUUGAUUUAAAUUGUCACAAGAGGAUUCAUAUAGGUAAAAAGGCCUACUGUUAGUGUACUCGGUGAGGGAAAUGUUUGAAUACAUAAACUAAUUUAAAUAUUUGUCAGCAUGUUCUCAUGGAUGAAGAGCACUACUUUUGUAUUUAGUGUUGUAAGUGUCUUAAUAUAAAGUUUGCCGAUGAGUGUAUACAGUGCAGGAAACGGAACAUUGUGCCAGAUAAUUCAUACAGGUGAAAAGCCCAAAAGAAAUGUAUUUAUUUUGGGAUGUGUUUUUCAGAAACAAUGCUUUCUGAUAAACAAAUGACAGACCAUUGAUGUGGGCCAGUGGGUAGGUUUGUCAUUGUUGCAUUGUAAUUGCCACGAGGUAAAAUUCCCAGCGAAGGUCCUCAGUGUGUCUUUUUUUUCCAAAAUCUACAUUAAACACCAGAGAAUUUAUAACCAUUAAAAACCCUACACAUGUCUUGAGCUUGGGAUUUGUUAUUUAAAAAAAUCUCAUUUAAAUUUCCACCGGAAUAUCAAUUCAGGGUUGUAUAUAUUCAUUCACACACUAUGGGAAUUGCUUUAAAAAAAAAAAAAAAUUAUUAUAUUUUUAAAAAAUCAAAUUUCAAUAGCCAGCAAAGAUUCAGUUGUGCGCAUGAAAAUUUAAGAUUAAAAAUACUAAAAUAAAUGGCUAAAUUAAAGAAAUUGCAUUCCAGAAAACAAAGAAAAUCAGAUUGAAGCCCAACUAAAAAGUAAAGUUUUUGUUGAAAAAUAUCAAUACUUUCAGCUGCCCUCAAUAUUUAUGACUGAGAUAUUUAAUAUUUGGUUUAUAAUCUUGGCCAAAAAUACUGUAAAAUGGAAUUUUGUGUGAGUUUGUUUAUUGUGGAAUGGUCCAAAAAUAUCCCAUAUGGUUUUAAGUGAUACCAGAAAAAAAUCAUAAUUGUGAAAAGUCAUUACCACAGUGGUUCAUCAUGUUCCUUUCAACAACAGAUUAAAUUCAGAAACUGAAUUAAUGUAACCAGUCAGCGUGAGAAGUUUGCUUAGCAUGCAAAAUGUACUUUUGUAAGUCGCUUUGG